GAUGAUCGAGCUGGCAGCUUCAACUGGAGCGGAAUCCAGACCCGCCGCAAACACAACACAACAACACGUGGAUCAGAAAAGGAUGCCAAAUAAAGGACUGAACGAGUUGAGUUUUUACAGAUUUUUGCGUGAGAUACAGAUCCCUGUAUGGGCAACGACAUCAGUAAGACAAAGGGACCGCCUGCUCAGCGUCGCCUCAGUCUGGGGUUCUUCUCGAACAGGAGGGUCUCCAUCACCCAAAGACUCGGACACUCGGCUGUGUUUUCCCGGCCUGUUGGUCCUGAUGGCCGACCCCCUGACCCCAACCCUCUGCAGCCUCCAGACCACACAGACACUCCUCCAGCUCUCAUCUCCGUCUUCCUACCCGAGUUCCCACAGCGAACACUUCCCGGACCAGAGCAUUUCAAGAUCCUGGGAUUCAUAGCCAAAGGCUCAUAUGGACCCAUCCUGAAAGUAAAGGACUUUUUUAAAGAGAAGACCUACGCUGUUAAGGUUCUACCAAAGUCAGACAUCUUGAAGCAUGGAGUGCUUGAGCAGUCAAAAGAAGAAGUCAUCAUUCAGCGGCAGCUCAAACACCCAUUCAUCCACAAUCUGCAGGACUGCUGGCAGACACAGCGCCAUCUCUUCCUUAUGUGCGAUUACUGCAGCACUGGAGACUUAUACACUUGCUGGUUACUGAAGGGCCAGUUUAGGGAGGAUGAGGUCCGGCUGUUUGCUGCAGAGCUGGGCAGUGCGCUUGGAUUUCUGCAUGACUUAGGGAUCAUACAUAGAGACGUAAAGAUGGAGAACAUUCUUUUAAGUGAUCAAGGUCACCUGCGUCUGUCUGAUUUUGGACUUGCACAGCGGCUAAAAAGAGGAGGAAGAGCAUUCACGAUAUGUGGGACGAUCCAAUACAUGGCUCCUGAAGUAUUAAGUGGGGGUCCGUACAAUCACGCUGCUGACUGGUGGUCUUUUGGGGUUAUGCUGUUCUCACUGGUGACAGGAAAAUUUCCAGUACCUGCAGAGCCGGACCACAUCAUCAUGUUAAAAAAGGUCAAGGAUUUUCCUUACAUCCUACCUGAGACCUUCAGCUCUGCUCUGAUCUCCCUGCUCACUGAGCUUUUGUGCAAGACUCCAGUGAACCGGCUUCGUAACCUGGAGUGUUUAAAGAUGCAGGCUUUCUUUCGUGGCACUUCAUUUGACUCACUCAUCCUUCAGAAGACGCCUGUUAAAGUCAUCCUGGAGCUGAGGACUCAUCCUGAUUGGCCAGCUAAAGCCUUGAGAGGCCUUUCAUUAGACAUAUUUGAUGACUUUGACUGCGAUAAAAUCUUUCAUUCUGCUUCAACUCCCACUGAACUGUCUCCUACGUUGGCAACCAUGGACCUGAGCCUGGCUACAGAGCAGAUGACUGGACAAUGUUAGUGAAGAAGUUAACUGGAAAUAAACUAUAUUUUACUGCCAUAUUUGUAUUGCUGCGAGUAUAUAAUGAUGCUUUUUGAAAGCUACUGUAAGUUAAUUAUUUAAGAUGUAUCCUAACCUUUUGAAAUUAAUAUUUUGUAAGCAAACAUGUUGUGCUCCUUGGUACAGCAAAUGUCUUUGUGCAUUAUUGAUUUCUAUGCAUCACAUUACCUUUAUUAUUUAUUUGAAUACUUACGCAUCACCAAAAGUAGUCUGGGUAUAUGUGUUUCAUUUUACAAUCAAGUAAUAAUGGGAUGUGUCUGUGCAUAUUCAGUCAAUUUUAGUCUGAAUGUGAAUUGUGUUGGCAACUGAGCUCCAAAAAAAGAUGUAAACUAGUGUUUUAAUAAAACAAUGUUGCAAAUGUAGCCUUUA